AUGCCAGUUACUUCGGAAACAAUCGGGUUAAAUUGGGGACUUACUACACAAAUUAUCGCACACGGUGAAAAUCUAUUAAUCUUUUCCGAUGCCUUAUACGAAGUAACUCCAAACGGAGAGUCAGAGAAAAAGGCGGAUUAUUCAACAGGAACAAUUGCAGCAGCUAUACUUAACGAUUUCCUCUACGCAGUCGACAAAUCCGGAACAUUCUCGAAAAUACGAUUAAAAGAUUGGUUCAUUGAACCAUUGGAAGAGUUUUUCACCGAAGCGAAAAAGAUAAAAGCUUUAGUCGCACAUAAAGAUUAUCUUAUUGUAUUCUCAGAUAAAAUUUGGGAAGUGUAUCCGGAUGGUCGUUCAUGUGAAAUGGAUAACGAAGACUGGAGUACCACGAAAUCGGUCGCCAUUCUCGACAAUUACGCGUAUGUGCUGAAAACUUCCGGCGAAAUAUUUAAAUUAAAUCUCGAUGAUUAUACGCAUAAGAGACUUAGUUAUGAUUUUGGCGUGGCGAAUACUUUGGUGGCUUAUAAGGAUUAUAUUUAUGUAUUUGGUGAUAAUUUGUAUGAAAUGAAUCCGGCAAAUGGUAAACAUUGGAUUGGACAAGAAGAUGAUUGGUCAAACACUUUAGCGGCCGUUAGCACUUCAACGAAUUUUUACGCUAUUCAUAGUGGUAGUGAUGGAAAUCUUUGGAAACUUGAUGUUGUAGAAUAA